AUGAGGGAUGAUUCGACAGCUUGGCGCCAGCUGCGUCGUCGUCUAUUUCUCAUCGAAAAACUCAGAGACGCCAGAACGGUAGGAAUCGUGGUGGGGACAACGGGAGUGAAAGGACAUCGAGAAGCUGUCACGCGACUACGACAGUUAUGCAGACAACAGGGAAAGACACCAUAUGUCAUCUCCGUUGGAAAGGGACAUUUU